AUGACGAGGAUUUUGACAGCUUGCAAAGUGGUGAAGACCCUGAAGACUGGUUUUGGCUUUACCAAUGCGCCUGCGCACCAUCAAUGGAAAUUUUCAAGAGCUGGCAUCAGGCUCCUUUCUGUCAAGGCACAGACGGCACACAUUGUCCUGGAAGAUGGAACAAAGAUGAAAGGCUACUCCUUUGGCCAUCCAUCCUCUGUUGCUGGUGAAGUGGUUUUUAAUACUGGCCUAGCAGGGUACCCAGAAGCCCUUACUGACCCUGCCUACAAGGGACAGAUUCUCACCAUGGCCAAUCCCAUUAUUGGGAAUGGUGGAGCCCCUGACACUACUGCCCUGGAUGAACUGGGACUCAGCAAAUAUUUGGAGUCUGAUGGAAUUAAGGUUGCAGGUUUGCUGGUUCUGAACUAUAGCAAUGACUACCACCACUGGCUGGCUAACAAGAGUCUUGGGCAGUGGCUACAAGAAGAAAAGGUCCCUGCAAUUUAUGGAGUGGAUACAAGAAUGCUGACUAAAAUAAUUCGGGAUAAGGGUACCAUGCUCGGGAAGAUUGAAUUUGAAGGUCAGUCUGUGGAUUUCGUGGAUCCAAAUAAGCAGAAUUUGAUCGCUGAGGUUUCAACCAAGGAUGUCAAGGUGUAUGGCAAAGGAAACCCCACAAAAGUGGUAGCUGUAGACUGUGGCAUUAAAAACAAUGUAAUUCGCCUUCUAGUAAAGCGAGGAGCAGAAGUGCAUUUAGUUCCCUGGAAUCAUGAUUUCACCAACAUGGAGUAUGAUGGGCUUUUAAUUGCCGGAGGACCCGGGAACCCAGCUCUUGCACAACCACUAAUUCAGAAUGUCAAAAAGGUUUUGGAGAGUGAUCGUAAGGAGCCAUUGUUUGGAAUCAGUACAGGAAAUUUAAUAACAGGAUUGGCUGCUGGUGCUAAAACCUACAAGAUGUCCAUGGCCAACAGAGGGCAGAAUCAGCCUGUUUUGAAUAUCACAAACAGACAGGCUUUCAUUACUGCUCAGAAUCAUGGCUAUGCCCUGGACAACACCCUUCCUGCUGGCUGGAAACCACUUUUUGUGAAUGUCAACGAUCAAACCAAUGAGGGGAUUAUGCAUGAAAGCAAACCCUUCUUUGGUGUGCAGUUCCACCCAGAGGUCAGCCCAGGCCCAACAGACACUGAGUACCUGUUUGAUUCUUUUUUCUCACUGAUAAAAAAAGGGAAAGGUACCACAAUCACAUCGGUUCUGCCAAAGCCAGCACUGGUUGCCUCUCGAGUGGAGGUCUCCAAAGUCCUUAUCCUAGGAUCAGGAGGUCUAUCCAUUGGUCAGGCAGGUGAAUUUGACUACUCAGGAUCACAAGCCGUAAAAGCCAUGAAGGAAGAAAAUGUCAAAACUGUCUUGAUGAACCCAAACAUUGCAUCGGUGCAGACCAACGAGGUGGGCUUAAAGCAAGCAGAUACUGUCUACUUUCUCCCCAUCACCCCUCAGUUUGUCACAGAGGUCAUCAAGGCGGAGCGGCCAGAUGGGUUAAUUCUAGGCAUGGGUGGCCAGACAGCUCUGAACUGUGGAGUGGAACUAUUCAAGAGAGGUGUACUCAAGGAGUAUGGCGUGAAAGUCCUGGGGACCUCGGUUGAAUCCAUUAUGGCCACAGAAGACAGGCAGCUGUUCUCAGACAAACUAAAUGAAAUUAAUGAAAAGAUUGCUCCAAGCUUUGCGGUGGAAUCGAUUGAGGAUGCCCUGAAAGCAGCAGACACCAUCGGCUAUCCAGUGAUGAUCCGUUCUGCCUAUGCUCUGGGUGGAUUAGGCUCAGGCAUCUGUCCUAAUAAGGAGACAUUACUGGACCUCAGCACAAAGGCCUUUGCUAUGACCAACCAGAUUCUGGUGGAGAGGUCAGUGACAGGUUGGAAAGAAAUAGAAUAUGAAGUGGUCCGAGACGCCGAUGACAAUUGUGUCACUGUCUGUAGCAUGGAAAAUGUUGAUGCCAUGGGUGUUCAUACAGGUGAUUCGGUUGUCGUAGCCCCUGCCCAGACCCUCUCCAAUGCAGAGUUUCAGAUGUUGAGACAUACUUCAAUCAAUGUUGUUCGCCACCUGGGCAUUGUGGGUGAAUGCAACAUUCAAUUUGCCCUUCAUCCUACCUCAAUGGAAUACUGCAUCAUUGAAGUGAAUGCCAGACUGUCUCGAAGCUCUGCCCUGGCCUCAAAGGCCACUGGCUACCCGUUGGCAUUCAUUGCUGCAAAGAUUGCCCUAGGAAUCCCACUUCCAGAAAUCAAGAAUGUUGUAUCGGGGAAGACAUCAGCCUGCUUUGAACCUAGCUUGGAUUACAUGGUUACCAAGAUUCCUCGCUGGGAUCUUGAUCGUUUUCAUGGAACAUCUAGCCGAAUUGGUAGCUCUAUGAAAAGUGUAGGAGAGGUCAUGGCUAUUGGUCGCACCUUUGAGGAGAGUUUCCAGAAGGCCUUACGAAUGUGCCACCCGUCAAUAGAUGGGUUCACUUCCCGUCUCCCGAUGAACAAAGAAUGGCCAUCCAACAUAGAUCUCAGAAGAGAGCUGGCUGACCCAUCCAGCACCCGCAUCUAUGCCAUUGCCAAGGCCUUGGAAGACAACUUGUCCCUUGAUGAGAUCAUGAAGCUCACAUCCAUUGACAAGUGGUUUUUGUAUAAGAUGCGUGACAUUUUAAACAUGGAAAAGACACUGAAAGGGCUCAACAGUGAGUCCAUUACAGAAGAAACCCUGAAAAAGGCAAAGGAGAUUGGGUUCUCAGACAAGCAGAUUUCAAAAUGCCUCGGGCUGACUGAGGCCCAGACAAGGGAGCUGAGGCUAAAGAAAAACAUCCACCCUUGGGUUAAACAGAUUGAUACACUGGCUGCAGAAUACCCAUCAGUAACAAACUACCUCUAUGUUACCUACAAUGGUCAGGAGCAUGAUAUCGAUUUCGAUGACCAUGGAAUGAUGGUGUUAGGCUGUGGUCCAUAUCAUAUUGGUAAAGCAUGCGCGGGCUGCAUCAUAUCAGUUGGGGGUCAGAUUCCAAACAACCUGGCAGUCCCUCUAUACAAGAAUGGUGUCAAGAUCAUGGGCACGAGCCCUCUGCAGAUUGACAGGGCCGAGGAUCGCUCUAUCUUCUCAGCUGUCUUGGAUGAGCUGAAGGUGGCUCAGGCACCCUGGAAAGCUGUGAACACUUUGAACGAGGCACUGGAAUUUGCGAAGUCUGUGGGCUACCCCUGUUUGUUGAGACCUUCCUAUGUUUUGAGUGGGUCAGCCAUGAACGUGGUAUUCUCUGAGGAUGAGAUGAAAAAAUUCCUGGAGGAGGCCACUAGAGUCUCACAGGUUAUCUCCCAUGCCAUUUCUGAACAUGUGGAAGAUGCAGGUGUACACUCAGGAGAUGCCACUCUGAUGCUGCCCACACAAACCAUCAGCCAAGGAGCCAUUGAAAAGGUGAAGGAUGCUACCCGAAAGAUUGCAAAGGCCUUUGCCAUCUCUGGUCCAUUCAACGUCCAGUUUCUUGUCAAAGGAAACGACGUCUUGGUGAUUGAGUGUAACCUGAGAGCUUCUCGAUCCUUCCCCUUUGUUUCCAAAACACUGGGGGUAGACUUCAUUGAUGUGGCCACCAAGGUAAUGAUUGAAGAGAACAUUGACGAGAAACCUCUUCCAACAUUGGACCAUCCCAUAAUUCCUGCUGACUAUGUUGCAAUUAAGGCUCCAAUGUUUUCUUGGCCCCGGUUGAGGGAUGCUGACCCCAUUCUGCGAUGUGAGAUGGCUUCCACUGGAGAGGUGGCUUGCUUUGGUGAAGGCAUUCAUACAGCUUUCCUAAAGGCAAUGCUUUCCACAGGCUUUAAGAUACCCCAGAAAGGCAUCCUGAUUGGAAUCCAGCAAUCAUUCCGUCCCAAAUUCCUUGGUGUGGCUGAACAAUUGCACAACGAAGGCUUCAAGCUCUUUGCCACGGAAGCGACGUCGGACUGGCUCAAUGCCAACAAUGUCCCUGCCACCCCAGUGGCAUGGCCGUCUCAGGAAGGACAGAAUCCCAGCCUCUCUUCCAUCAGAAAACUGAUUAGAGAUGGCAGCAUUGACCUGGUGAUUAACCUCCCCAAUAAUAACACUAAGUUUGUCCAUGAUAAUUAUGUGAUUCGGAGGACAGCUGUUGACAGUGGUAUUGCUCUCCUCACUAAUUUCCAGGUGACCAAACUUUUUGCUGAAGCUGUGCAGAAAUCUCGCAACGUGGACUCCAAGAGUCUUUUCCACUACAGGCAGUACAGUGCUGGGAAAAUGGUGUAG